GGCGCAAAAAUCAGAUCGAGCCCCCCGGGGAGCAAAAUCCUUGAUACGAGCCUGAUACCCCCACCCCCUUUGUUUCAGUUUUGUCAAUGUAGAUCUAUAUACUUACACCCACUUGUCUUGAAUGUCCAUCAAUCACUACACAUAAGUAUACCACCGAUCUAUUUCAAAAUAUCUUUCAUCUUGUACAGAUGUCACAUGAUUGAACGAUAUAUACAUUCUGUACAUUAUACAGGUACCAACUUAAAAAUAUCUCGUACGCGAGAAAAAUUACCCAUUUUCAUUCGCAUUUUACCAUUUUCAAACACAGUAUUGCAAGGGACAAUGAUUCUUCUCUACAUAUAUUUCACUUUAUCGCAUCACUGACAGAGUGACUUUGGCUUCCCAUACAGAUCAUGCAGGAAGAGAGCCAUAUUGAAAUUAGAAAAAAAAUCGAUAAGAUUGUUAUCACAGCGACACAGCACAAAGUAUAUAAUAUCAAUAAAUUAUUCACUUAAUAUAUUUUGUACCGUCAUGAUAAUGGAUCAAGAGGAAGGCCCCACGAUUCAGGUUUAAGCAUUGAGUGUAUAGAAGAAAUCGAUCCCCUGCCGAACCUAGCCAUUCUUCAGCGAAUGUCGCAAACAGUAUUCCGAACAUGGCUCAAUCUCUGCCAAACUUGGCCGAUUCCAUGCAGGGUUUGGCUGGUUCUUUUCCAAACAUCACCGAAACAUUUCCAGACCUAUCUGGUUAUCUUCCAAACAUCACCGAUUCUUUUCAGAACAUAGGUAUAGCCGGUUAUCUUCAAAAUAUCAGCGAAGCAUUGCCGAACCUUACUGAUGUCAUCCAGGACACUAUAGCCGGUAAUCAGGAAACCGCUUUAGCAAUACCCUUUGUAGGAGAUGUAGAAACAGAUGUGGUUGAUGAAAUCACUGGUAUCCUACCUGAAACACCAGUUAAUGAAUCGAUAUCGACUGUCAUAACAUCGGGUAUGACUACCGCAAAACCAGAAAUUACAGAUUUUGUCAAGAAUGUCUCAACGACUAUUUUAUCAACUGUGGCUGUUGUGAACGAUUCUGUCAUACAGACACCAAAUUUCAAUGCGACGACAAUGGCUCCAACGAAAGAACCAGUGAAGAAAAUGACCACAUUGUGGUCCAGCAUCUCAACGACGAUAUCAUCAUAUAACGGCACCGAACUCGGCAUCAACUCCACGACAUCAUCAGAGUCGGCCUGCGGAUCAGGUUAUACGGUCGAUGAAUGCGAGUGGGUAGUCAACUUCGAACGCAUUCUGUCUCCCAUUCUCAUGGUCCUCAUCAUCAUCGGUCUCGUCGCUAAUAUAUACAUCGUUUACACAGUCGUCGCCCGUAAAGACAUGAGGACGUUCUCCAACCUCUUCAUGACCAAUCUGAGCGUCACCCAUCUCAUCUUCCUCGUCGUUAUCGGUGCUACCGACGUCUAUGAUUACGUGUUGACGGUCCGUGACAUUGCUCAUAGCAGUCUCAUACCAUCGUCUGUACAUCUCUACAUCAGUCUCGUUAUAACCAACUGCGAUGUCUCCAUGUUAACGGCUCUAUCCAUCGAUCGUUAUGUUGCUAUCAGCGUCGAUCCGAAGAAAGUGGCUAAAUAUUCUAAAGUGAAGAUAACAACAGGCGUAUGCGCCCUUGUCUGGAUUGCAUCUCUGGCAGUGUGUGCACCCGUCUUCUACAGCGUUGAUACCACUAACGGUUCCUUCGACAUUUCCGAAUCCAGCUUCAAAGUGGCCAUGAGCAUCUCUUUCGUGGUCUCCUAUAUCAUCCCCCUGGCCGUCAUCACCGUCGUCUACUUCGCCAUCAGACGCAAGCUUCGAAAGCGAGGCGGCGAAUCCUUGCGCGUCAAGAAGGACGGGGUCGUGGUGACGCGUACGCCAGAGGAAUACCGUCUGUACCACGAUCAGCAGAUUCUUCGGAGUAUCCUCGUCAUCGUUCUCCUUUAUACAUUCAACUUCGGUGCGCGUUACAUCACCAAAAUGAUCAUCUACCUGUCCAUACCAUUCGGCAGGAUCGCUAUCUUCGUAGCCACGCAGUUGAGUGAGACAGCCGCCAUUUUGACGGCAAGCCUGCAGCCGAUAGUGUACGUGGUGUUGCAUCCGACUUUCAGUAAGCACACCAGAGAGAGGUUCGCUUGCAGCGGUGGUACCAAGAGUUUUGGGUGCUGCGUGUAUUGCGGCAAGUGUUACAUUGCUUGUUGUACUUGUUGUGGGUUGAUUAGGUUGUCUCCGGUUCCACAACCUAGCCUACGAGGAGACGGGGAUGUUGGCAAGAGGCAAAGCAAGAAAACUGAUAGAGUGGUAUUGGUGGAAAACAUGGAACUCGACAUAAUUCCACCUCCUCCUUCUCCGACUUCGCGCAAUCCUUCUUCCCCAACAAGUAGAACUUCUCCUUCCCCCUCUACUCCUCAAAACCCCGCCUCCCCUCCUUCAAAUUUUGACUCACCUCCUCCUUCCUCUUCUCCUGCUUAUAUCCCACAUGCAUCGUCUCCUUCUUUCCCUCCACUUUCUCCGACCGAUCCAAGUCGAAUCUCAUCCUCUUCUCCUCCAUCUCAGAAUCACAUCCCUUCUCCUCCUUCUUAUCUUCCUCCUUCUCCUCCCUAUCCCCACGCUGUUCUAUUCUUUCCUUCUCCAAGACCUUCAUCUCCUCCUUGCUUAGAUUGUGAGGAGCCGUAGUCGGAAUUAAAGAAUUCGAACUCAUUCUGAAUCUAUACUUCAAAUUAGUACAAAUAGUACUGUUUAAUCGUCUCAUUAGAUUCGGAUU